AGCUCUUGUUAAACACAUCGUAGAAAACCAACACACAUUCAAUCUAGCCAACACCACAAUAAUUGACCGUACGUAUAAAUCAACAGCACUACCAAUAUUAGAGAUGUGCCAUAUCACCAAUACUCCCAAUACGGUAAAUUUUAGAACAGAUGUUGAUGGAUUAAAUACGGCAUACGCUGGUAUUUUGCAUACUAUAAAAAAUCAAAACUCUCGCAGAGACAGGGAACAAGCUAUAAAUGAAUCAACAUAGCCAACUCACCACUAACCUUCAAAAUAGCCGUUAUCAACCAAUAGUACCAAGUGAGUUGAUGAAUGUGCGAAAGCAGUGUCUACGUCCCUUCCCAAAAUUAUUGUAAAAUUCGCCUAAAAUCUAUAUGUAAGUCUACUUAGAAAACUCCCUACAAAAACAACAAAACUAAAUCCCAUAUUACAGGUGCAAAAAUGCUACAAGAAGCUCCAAAAGAAACUGUGGCACUAGUUAUAAAUUAUAACAAAAAACGAUAGACAGCUUUACCCUUGAAAAAGGCCAAAUAAAUUAGGCCGAAACGUCGGGCAAUGCCAAUUUAAUCGUUUGGAUUCCCUAGACUGAGAAAGCCAAAAUCUCCCAAACAUUAAACUUCCAGUCGAAAAUCUUACGCAAACUCAUAAGAUGGCUGACUUACACGGUAGCUUCUUCAAACAAAUAGAGAACAAUUACGGACAUGACACUGCCAGGGCUUUUAAAGAUUACGCCACAUACAACGCCAAAUUAGCCAACGCAACCGCAAGAAAGAUUUCCUACUGCAAUGUCGCAAAAAUGGAGUUUUUCCGUCGCAUAUCAUCAAUUCACUAAAGUGCGUAUACCCACUACUCGAAGAAGGUAGUCCAUAUAUUCCUAAACUCGAUAGAGUCAUAGGGCGCUUCAAGAAAGCACUGCUGAACAUAGAGAUACAACAUACUUUCCACAAAAUCUCAAAUCUCAAACGGAAUAUACAACACGCCCAGCAAUACAUAGAAACAAGCUCUCCUAUGUCCGUGUCAGCAGAGUUCCUUCAAACACAGCAAGCAGCUUUCGCAUCCAGAAAGGCAAGAGCAGAGCGUACCACGGGGAAAAAGCUCAAUCGACUGCUGACUGUUGAACCAACAAGCUGCAACGAACUACCUAGGUUCAAUGAGAAGGCGGUGUUCAAUGCCGUGUUGUUCAAGGCGGUGUUGCACUGCCCAGCGAGGUCGAAACACUACUCAGCAUGGGACCCAAAUUCGCACUGCCAAUGCAACGAGUUCAAGCGAAUACUGUGUACCAUCUGAUCGCGGAUAUAGAGUCAAUCCUACGUACCAACCCUGACAAAACAACACAGGAUAGAAACAGGUGCCUGAUCGGAACACAGGUACAAAACUUUCUGUCCCGCCCAUCACUCCAACAACAAAACACUCCACUCUCCCGCUUCUGUACCAGCGCAGCAAAAGCCACCAAGAAGUUCCUAACCGAGCACCCCGACCUGUGCAUCAUUGAAUCGGAUAAGGGUAAGAAGAUGGUUGUCAUGCGCCUCCCGGAUUACGAAGCGAAAAUGCUAGAGCUUCUCAAUGAGCCCAACAUAUACAGAAUUCUUGCGAAAGAUCCAACGAGUGGCAUUCAACUAUCUACGAACAAUAUGGUCAAACGGCUAACUGACCUACGGCUGAUCGAUAAGCAAACCCGCUCAACGCUACAAACCCAAACCUCCACAUGCCCCCGCAUAUAUGGACAACCAAAGGCGCACAAGCCAAACUUGCCACUACGACCAGUGGUUCCCACAAUAACAGCUCCGACAUACCAGCUGUCAAAAUACAUCGCCAGCAUUCUUCAACGCACUUUUACAAGCCAGUACAAUAUCGUCGACAGCUUUUCGUUUGCAAAAUUCAUUAAUGAAACUACGAUACCGGAUGACCACAUUCUGGUCUCUUUCGAUGUCGUCUCCCUCUUCACUAAAAUACCAAAGGAGCUGAUCAUGCGAAGCAUCAUUUUCCGCUGGGAUGACAUUAAGCAAGGAACCAACAUUAAUCUGGAUCUUUUCCUGGAGAUCAUCGAGCUAUGUGUGGACAGCAGCUAUUUCCGCUUUAGAGACACGUACUACCUACAAACCUUUGGAACUGCUAUGGGUAGCCCGUUAUCCCCGAUUCUGGCUGACUACGUCAUGGAGGAUUUGCUCAACGAUGUCACUGGAAAACUCCAAAACAACAUACCAAUCCUCAAAAAGUACGUCGACGAUCUGUUCCUGGUGCUACCAGCAACGCUAGUACAACAUAUACUCAAUGCCAUCAACCAGUACAAUCCACACCUGCAGUUCACUGUAGAAGUUGAAAAGGACCGAUCACUACCAUUCUUGGACACACUAGUCAUACGGAAUGCAGAUCAAUCAUUGAGAACCAGUUGGUACUCGAAGCCCAUCGCAUCAGGAAGGCUACUUAACUAUCUGUCCUUCCAUCCAACGAGUAUGAAGAUAAAUGUCGCGACCAACUUCAUCCGACGUGUGACCAGCCUGACAACCAGCACAUCAAUCGACCAGCAAAAACAAAUAAUAUUCCAAGUCCUCCGCCAGAACAACUACCCCUCAUCUCUGAUCAAUAGACUCCUCACACGAUCAACGACAAACAUAGCCACACCGCCCACAAUGCCUACAGCACAAGCGCAUACCAUCCCACCGCCGCCACCGUCAACACAACCUCCAACACCACCGCCUCCUCCACCACCGCCUCCAACGCCACCACUUCCAUCUCAACCGCCUGUACCAGCCUCAGCAUCAUCAAUGUCGUCACCAAUGCAAGACCCAUCACAGCCAACAUCAACGAGUAGAGUACAGCCCAACGCCUCCAACCACGAAUCACAUCACCAAUCGUCCGAAACAAUCUAUAGGUCAGUGCCAAACAUCCCCAUCCUGAGCCGAACACUUGCCGAAAUCCUAAAAAAAAGAUUACCCAUUAGUGAAAAUCGCCGCAAAAACCGUAACAUGCACCAAACAUCUCCUCAAAAAUGUAAAAGAUCCCAUCCCACCGCUUGAACAACACAACAUCAUCUACAGUAUUUCUUGUUCGGACUGCGACAAUGUUUAUAUAGGAAUGACCACAAAUCAUCUUAAAAAACGAUUAGCUGGUCACAAAUCAAAUAUAAACAAAACAAUACAUAUGCAAAACACAUCACCCCAAAAUUGUAACAUACAGAUAACAACAGCUCUUGUUAAACACAUCGUAGAAAACCAACACACAUUCAAUCUAGCCAACACCACAAUAAUUGACCGUACGUAUAAAUCAACAGCACUACCAAUAUUAGAGAUGUGCCAUAUCACCAAUACUCCCAAUACGGUAAAUUUUAGAACAGAUGUUGAUGGAUUAAAUACGGCAUACGCUGGUAUUUUGCAUACUAUAAAAAAUCAAAACUCUCGCAGAGACAGGGAACAAGCUAUAAAUGAAUCAACAUAGCCAACUCACCACUAACCUUCAAAAUAGCCGUUAUCAACCAAUAGUACCAAGUGAGUUGAUGAAUGUGCGAAAGCAGUGUCUACGUCCCUUCCCAAAAUUAUUGUAAAAUUCGCCUAAAAUCUAUAUGUAAGUCUACUUAGAAAACUCCCUACAAAAACAACAAAACUAAAUCCCAUAUUACAGGUGCAGAAAUGCUACAAGAAGCUCCAAAAGAAACUGUGGCACUAGUUAUAAAUUAUAACAAAAAACGAUAGACAGCGUAGGUUCCUUAAAUGUUAAAAUUAUGUUGUACAUGUCCCUAAUUGUAAAACUGUUCUCUUUUAGCUUACCCUUGAAAAAGGCCAAAUAAAUUAGGCCGAAACGUCGGGCAAUGCCAAUUUAAUCGUUUGGAUUCCCUAGACUGAGAAAGCCAAAAUCUCCCGAAAAUAAUACAUUCUCAUAAAUUUUUAGCGUUUUUUUUUUUAAAUUGGGUCGUAAAUCAGAAGUAGUACAAAACGGACACAGUAAAACCGCUCAGCACUAAAAUGUGUAAGCCCUACUCAUAAGUGCAUAAUUUCCAGACCACACAAAAAUGUGUUACAGUUACACAUUCUCAAAAACAGCUCGUACACUCGUGUAGAUGCGAAAUGUCGAUAUUUUUUUUUGUUUUCCAA